GUUUCGAUAAAAAAAGAAAAAGAAAAAGAAACUCUUCCAAAAUGGCCUCAUUCUUGACCAAAAAACAACCAUUUUUGUUACUAUUUCUUUUUUCCAUCAUUGUCACAAAUUCCGCCAUGAUCAAUGCUGCUUCUUCUCCUACAGCAAAAUCUCAAGUUUUUCCCACUGAUGUUAUAAUGGAAAUUCUUCCGUUCAUAGAGAAGAUUGGAGUAUUCCAACAAUAUGAAUGUUGGAUAGCACUUCCUUUGAUUGGAGGAGUUUGUACAACUGAUAUAUUGAGGUACAUCAUUGGACCUCAGAAUGGGAUUAUAAGUAUCCCUUGUUGUAAUGUUGUGAGGAACAUUGUGGAGAAAUGUAACCUUCGCAAUCUCCCGUACAAUCCCAUUUUUCCUCCUACGGUGCUUGGUGUAUGUGCUUGAAAUGAUGAACAAUUGAUUUUUUGUUUGAUGCAAUUGGAGUAUAUGAGUUAGCCAAUGUUGAAUGUUGUUGCUCAAAAAAACGAAAUUCCAUUAAUUAGUUUCAUUUUCC